AUGUUUUUUAUAACUAUUUUACAACUUCCUCAAUAUUAUACUCUUCAGUCGCCGAUAAACAUUGACCUUUCACGAACAAUUCGACCAAGUAGAAAGAACAUAAUUUCAUUUCACAACUACAACAAGCCACCAAAAACUGGAGAAACUUAUACAUUUAGUAACAAUGGACACACGCUUGUUAUUGAUAUUCCAGAAAGCACUCUCUAUUAUUUAAAGAAAGGUGGAAAUAAAUUUGUGCCAAUCCAAGCGCAUAUCCACUUUGGCUCACCUAUAAAAAAAGGAUCCGAGCAUUCGUUAAAUAGAAAGUUUUUUCAAGGCGAGAUGCACCUUGUUCAUCGAAAUGCAAAGUACAAGCUGGCAGAAGUGUCUCAACACAGUGAUGGGCUGCUUGUCAUAGGAGUGUUUGUGAAACUAACAGUACGGAGAAGGUCGAGUUCAAUCUUUUCGCAGUUAGGUGGUCAUGCGGGUGAACUUAAUCAACAAGGGAACAGUGUAAAGGUCCCGGCAUUUCCUUUGGCCAAUUUUAUACCAUGCCGUGCUAACUUGAAACGUACACCAUAUGUCAACUACCGUGGCUCGUUGACCACACCACCAUGCACUGAGAAUGUUGAUUGGGUUGUACUUACCUGUCGUGUGCAUACAAUUAACCUCCGAGAUCUACGAGCAAUUAAUAAAGUUCUGGAUUGUGAAAAUUUACCAAUGUACGGAAAUUAUCGGCCAGUACAAGCAACAAAUGGACGGAAGUUGUACGGAGUCAACAUGAGACCAAAGCAUAAAACAAGAAAAAUUUGUUCUAGAGCGAAUUCUUACAUUCUGUGUAAAUUUUCUGAAAACCAAAUAAAAUUUCCAGUAUAUUCCAGUUUUUACAUAGUUCGCAUGAAAAGUUGCAAAAAAUUGCCCGAAAAUCCGUCAAUAGAGAAUCCCCCCAAACCAAACAGGUUUAGAAAAACGGUGAACACCAGCCUGGACACUCACUUAGUUAGUUAA